CUCCACGUCUGGGGGAAAUCUCCACGCUUCGCAAUAGCAUCAUAUGCCAAGUUUUCGCAUCCUGCCUUAAGGGAAUCUUUGUCCAUAGUGUAAAUAAAAUAAUUCGACUUCUGCGUAGGAUUUUUUUUUCCUUCUAAACUCGUUAUGGCCACCGCAACUCAAACGAUCGAUAGCCGUGCAGAUUUGGUAGCGGAAGUCCCGAAGACCAUGGAAGCGGUCCAUGUCGAAGAUGUCUCUGUGGCCGAGAUAGCGGAUAAACUUGAAAAGACCGAUAUCGAGGAAGACAAGCCUCUAAAGACUUAUACCGAAGCCGACGUUGCGGUGCACAACAAGCCGGACGACUUUUGGUUGAUCGUCCGAGGAGAGGUCUUUGACAUGACGAAAUUCCAAAAUGAUCAUCCAGGGGGCUUCAAGAUCCUUAACGGUGUUCGCGGAAAGGACGCGACAAAGAAGUACAUGAAAUACCAUCGCCUUGGCAUAUUGGCGCAAUAUCGCCACUUAGUCGUUGGGAAAGUAGUCGCGGGUGGGGAGAAGCCAAAAGAACCAAAGAAGCUAUUCGGAUUUAUCAAACGGAAUUGAAGGAAUUAGAAAGAGUUCCGCACGAUGACACAGCGAACAGGAAUGACUGAAUAUGAAUGCGCAUAUGGGGAAGGCGGUAAGAGGGAUUUGGAUGUAGUUGAAUUCAGCUUGGAGCGGAUUUCGGAUCGGGGAAUUUGAACCGAUUUCCCUUGCUAUUGCGUCGGCUAUCGUUCAAUAGAAAGGGCUCGUAACAUUCGUAAUCCUUCGACAACACCUUGAUC